AUGGGUGCUACUGUUUAUGAUCAAAGUUUUAAUGUUAAUCUUGCGCCUUUGGAACCAUCUAGAAAGAGGAAAACUAGGAGUAGAGGAAAGGGGAGUAAAUCUGUGGCUGAGAUUCUGGCGAAGUGGAGGGAGUAUAAUGAACAUCUUUAUGCAGAGGGUGGUAAACCGAAGCGUAAAGCGCCGGCGAAAGGUUCCAAGAAAGGGUGUAUGAAAGGGAAAGGAGGGCCUCAGAAUUCGGAGAAUAGAUAUAGAGGUGUUAGACAGAGGACUUGGGGGAAAUGGGUUGCUGAGAUUAGGGAACCGAAUAGAGGUAGUAGGCUUUGGUUAGGUACUUUUCCUACUGCUCAAGAAGCUGCUCUGGCUUAUGAUUAUGCUGCUAGAGCUAUGUAUGGGCCUUCGGCGCGGCUUAAUUUUCCUCAUAUAUCGGAUUAUAGUUCUAUUAGUGAGUCUUUGAAGGACUCUUCUUCCUUGCCUGCUGAUAGCUGUCCUUGUUCUUCAGUGGCAACAUCUGAAACUGCGUCUAGUCAUUCUGAGGUUUGUGCCUUUGAUGAUGUAAAGGAGAAACCUAAACUACCUGUGUAUAUGAACAAUACUUUUGAUGUUUUUCGUAAAGAUUAUGAAGCUUCAUCUCCAACUAGUAGAAUGAAGCAAGAGCCAAAGGAUGAGCAUAUUCAUAUAAUAGACCCUGGUAUUGGUGAAAUCAAAGAUGCUAAAUCAGAAGGAAGACAAACACGAACACAGACAGAGACACAUGAUGUUGUGCAGGUUGAAGAAGGUGUAUGUAAUAAUGACCAGAUGGAUCUAUCAUGGAUUGAUAACUUUGACUUCAAUGGUGAUUGCUUAAAGAAUUUUACCCUGGAUGAGUUUUUUCAUGUGGAUGAGCUUUUGGGACAUAUAGACAAUAAUCCGAUAACCGAUGAACAUGGGUUGAUGCAAGGUUUGGAUUUUGGACAAAUGGGUUUUCCUGAAGAAAACAAUCCUCAGGUUGGAACUGGAACUGAAACUACUUCAAGCUUCUUUUAUGAAUUGGAAAAUCCAGAUGCUAAGCUAUUGGGAAGUUUGCCUCAUAUGGAGGAAAACACAACAUCAGGUGUUGAUUUUGGAUUAGAUUUCUUAAAAUCAGAAGAACCUGGGAACUAUAAUGAUGCACUUGGAGAUACACUGUUUCCUGUUCUGGAUAUUAUGAUGUGA